CAUGACCUGGCUUAGUGAAAAUCUUGUCUUUGAGCUGUAGACCACUCAAUGGCCCCACUCCUUACAGCUCAAAAAGCAUAUGCCGCGCAGCUCGAUGUCAAAGGCAAAGGCAAACGAAAAGCGGAUGAUAUCAAUGUCGACAGUGACGACGUCCAGCAACCUAAACAGAAGAGGAACAAACAACGCGUCUUGCUACUCUCCUCUCGGGGUAUCACCCACCGCAUGAGACAUCUCAUGAACGAUCUUGAGACUCUGCUACCUCAUGUAAAGAAAGAUUCCAAGCUUGAUUCGAAGUCACAGCUACAUCUCCUGCCUGAGAUAGCAGACCUGAACAAUUGCAAUAACACUCUCUACUUCGAGGCAAGGAGACAUGAAGACUUGUACAUGUGGGCUACGAAAACACCAAAUGGACCCAGCAUAAAAUUGCACGUUCAAAACGUGCAUACGAUGGACGAGCUGAAAAUGACCGGAAACUGUCUAAAAGGAAGCAGAGGAAUUCUCAGCUUUGACAAAGCGUUUGAUGAAACAGAGUGGGGAAAGCUCACCAAAGAGGUUUUCACGCAUAUCUUUGGCGUUCCCCCACUAGCUCGAAAAGCCAAACCGUUCAUUGACCAUGUUUUAACCUUUUCUAUUCUCGAUAACAAAAUCUGGUUCCGGAAUUUCCAGAUAAUGGAAAAGGAUCCAUUACAGCCAAACGGCCCGCCCCAAACAUCUCUCGUUGAGAUUGGCCCCCGAUUUGUGCUGACGCCCAUCCGUAUCUUCGAAGGAGCCUUUGGUGGCGCAACCGUUUAUUCCAAUCCUGAAUUUGUUACGCCUGCUUCCGUGCGCUCAGUAAUCAGGCAUGCCAGAGGUGACAAGUACCGUCAACGGAAAGAAGCUCAGGAGGAGACAUCGAAGAGAAAAGUGCUUCGUAAGAGGGACGAAGAUACACUGGCAGUAUCCAAGGUGUUCGCAUAGACGCCUACGCGUGUCAUUAACGUGCAAUCGUGCCGAGCGGUAAGCACACCAACUUGGCGUGCUUAUAUGGUAUCUCUGGAUGAUUAUCUACGUGCUUUUGUAGCGUUACACACGUUUUCUCGCCUUUGCGACGACCUGUAUCCAUCUGCUCAACGUUUACGUGACAGACGUAUCUGUUCUUCCUGCUUUUGGAGCAUUUUCUUUAUACGGCUUGCUUUGUGCUCGCUAGCGCUGUAGCGCUUCUCCAUUGUCUCGCGCUUCGAGAGGUG